AUGUGGCCACUUGACAGCAAGCCCAGCCGAUGCUCACAUUUAAGUGCGCACACACUCAGGCAGCUUGUGAGCGACGCACGCAACCCCGUCACGGCUUGGGGCGCUUGGGAUCCAAAACCUUGCGCGCUGGGAGCAAAAGAUCAGAGCGAGUCACAUUGGACAGCUCACAAAGGACUGGACUGCCAAGGAAGCACUGCCCUAGGCUUCGUGCGGCUGGUCUGCAAGGCAAUCUUAAUCAAGUUCAUGUUCAGCUUUGGGCAGGGCCCAAAGUGCAGCAACCGUUGGGUAAGCGGCCUGCGUAAACGGGCGCUGCGUGCAAGCAAGCACUUUGCAUGA